UUCUCGAAUGGGUGGACUGUAGAGAGCGUUUUCUUUAACUCUUCAGCUGAGCCAAGUCAUUCUCCGCUUAAAAUCCAAAACCCACCGAAAUCUCAUAAACCCUAACAUCAGCUUCAACAAAUAUUCAAUCGAUCAAAUGGCGAUACUCUCCGAUUACGAAGAAGAAGAUCAACAGAAGCCGAUAUCUUCUUCAUCAUCGGUAAAGCCUUUUAACGCCGUUCUUGAUCCGUCAAAUCCGUUGGGGUUUCUGGAGGCGGCGUUGGAGUUCUUGGCGAAGGAGUCCGAUCUUUUCAAGAGCGAUUCUUUGGUGAAAGAUGUGAACGCGGUGGUGCGUCAGGUGAAGGAUAAGGUGGAGGCCGAGGAGAGGAAGAGGAAAGAAAAGGCGGCUCCAGUUAAUGGUAAUGCUGAAAAGAAAAUCAAGGAAGACAUGCCUCAGGCGGUGGUUAAGGAAGAAGUCAAGGACGUGGAAGUGGAGAGUCAGAUGAUUAGCGAGGCCAAGGAGGACGCAAAAGAUGAUGACAAGGGAGCUCGAGCUCCCAACAAAGGCAAUGGCCUUGAUCUGGAUAAUUAUUCUUGGACCCAGACACUCCAGGAGGUCAAUGUAAAUAUUCCUGUCCCUCCAGGAACAAAAUCAAGGUUCAUUGCAUGUGAGAUAAAGAAGAACCAUCUUAAAUUUGGGCUGAAGGGUCAGCCUCCCAUAAUUGAUGGUGAACUUUAUCAGCCAAUCAGGGUCGACGAUUCCAUUUGGAGCUUAGAGGAUCAGAGAUUUGUCUCUAUAUGCCUAAGCAAACAGAACCAGAUGGAGUGGUGGAAGUGUCUGGUGAAAGGGAGCCCUGAAGUUGAUACUCAGAAAGUGGAGCCUGAGAAUAGCAAAUUAUCAGACUUGGACCCAGAAACACGAUCAACUGUGGAGAAGAUGAUGUUUGACCAAAGACAGAAGUCCAUGGGCCUUCCUACAAGUGAUGAGAUGCAGAAACAGGAGAUACUGAAGAAAUUUAUGGCUGAGCAUCCAGAAAUGGACUUCUCUAGAGCAAAGAUAUCAUAAGUUUGUAAGCCUGAACCCCCUUUUGCAAAUAUUUUUGGUGGUAAAAGCAGUUAUAUGAUGCUUCUCUUUUGUGGGCUGCGUGUAGCUAUGGUUUGGGCUGACACCUGGAUGUAUUGUGUCCUUGACAUGGCUGUUCAAUUUCAUUGUCAACUAAAAUGUAACACAGUGCCUUUUUAAGUACAUUAAUUUUAUGUAGUACGGCAAGCUAUGUUGAUGUGUUUUGUCU